UGAAUUUGCCUCACACGUGUUUUUACGUUGGUGUAUUGCUAUUUUAAAUCAAUUUAUGACAUUAUUUUGCAUUAAAAACUAAAACACAAUGCAGCACGACGAUGUAGUGUGGAGCAUUAUAAACAAAUCAUUUUGUUCACAUAAAGUCAAAACCGAUACGCGCACGUUCUGUCGACAUGAAUACAAUUUAACCGGUCUGUGUACUCGCCGAACAUGUCCUCUGGCCAAUUCACAGUAUGCCACAGUUCGCGAAGAAAAAGGUAUAAUUUAUUUAUACAUAAAGACUGCGGAGAGAGCGCAUAUGCCAAACAAAUUGUGGGAGCGAGUUAAACUAUCACGCAACUUCGAAAAGGCACUGGAACAGAUCAAUGAAAAUCUUGUGUUUUGGCCAAAAUAUAUGAUUGCGAAAAACAAACAACGGUUUUUGAAAAUUACACAGUAUCUUAUACGUAUGCGUAAACUUAAGCUACGAAGACAGAAACUGAUAGUACCACUAUCGCGUAAAAUAGAGAGAAGGGAAGCACGCCGAGAGAAAAAGGCUUUGAUAGCUGCGAAAAUUGAUAACCAUAUCGAAAAAGAAUUGUUGGAACGUUUGAAAAGCGGCACGUACCAGGAUAUAUACAAUUUCCCACAAACUGCAUUCAAUAAAGCGUUGGAAGCGGAAGAAGUGGAAGAUGAAGAGGCGAGCGACGAAGAAGAGCAAGAAAUCGAAAAGGAAAUGGAAGUUGACGAGGAGGUACGCCGUGAGUUACUGGAUGAAGAAUUCGUGGAAGCCGAUUCGGAUGAGGAAGACGAUGAUGAUGACGAUGCGGAUAGUGAUUCGGGCGAACGAGAAGAAAUUGAAGUGGAUAGCGAUUUUACGGAUUCAGUUAGUGAUGGAGAUGCUGACGAUAUUGAGGAUACACCAGCGCCCGGCGCCUUUGUACGUGCUCCAACGAAAUCAAGUAAAAAAGCGCCCUUUGACACGGCAAGCAGCAGUAAAGCAGCGACACGACGAAACAAGAAACCUAAAGUGGAAAUCGAAUAUGAAAUGGAAAGUGAAACUGCUGCAGAGAGGCAAAGGCUACAUAACUAAGGUAUAUGUAUGUACGACGCUACGUCAACCUCCGAAUCCUUUUGUCGGUUGCUCCGGUAAACUCUCGCUGUGCACGGAAAGUGGUUGCAUUAACUAUAGUAAUGCAUUUUUUAAUUCAAUUUAGUGGUAUAGUUAUGUAUGAAAUAAAAAUAUGGCAAUUAAGUGCAAAAUUGAA